AUGGGAAUUAUCACAAUGGGAGGGAGCAGUGUAACUGUGAGAACUUCCUUGACUCGCGAACGAUAUAAACUGGGAACGUCGAUGAAGGAGGUCGAAGCUGGUGGUGAGUGUGAUUUAUACCGAGGACUCGCCAUGGCACAGUUAGUUCUAAAGCACAGAGAAAACACAAAUGGAGAAACGCGAAUCAUAGCCUUUGUAGGAAGCCCGAUAAAGAAUGACGAGCGUCUCACCAAAUUGGCUCGCCUUCUCUCCAAAGACUCUAUUUCUGUGGAUAUUCUAUCGUUUGGUGAGAUGACCGACAAUCACGCGAUUCUCCAAGAUUUCAUUUCCAAAGUGAACAUCGACGGGAACUGCCACCUCUACGAAGUUUCUUCUUUCCAGAACUUCCUCGAUUUCCUGGCCCCGUUGUCAUCGCAAGGUACAUGCGUCACUCGCUGUGGACUGUAG